AGACAAACAUGGUCACAUAAAUUAGAACGGAGUUCUUCCUCAUCGUAACCUUAUAAUCCUUGUUGAAUAAUCAAAUUUUGGGAUCAGAAAAUAGUUUAGGACUGGACAGAGAUAGAAAGGAGCAACGUCGUAGAAUAAAUCAAUAUGGCCAUGGAAGCACAUACGACUGAGCUAGGAGGUUCCAUGAAAGUUCCUUCUGUUCAGGAGCUGGCAAAGCAGAAAUUGGUGACGAUUCCAUCGCGAUAUGUACGCGAUGAUCAGGACCGUUCAAUCUCAUCAUUAGACAAGGAAGUUCCAGUCAUUGACAUGCAACAUUUAAACUCUACUGACUCUAUGAAUCUCGAGCUUCAGAAAUUGCAUUUUGCAGCCAAAGAUUGGGGUUUCUUUCAGUUGAUUAAUCACGGAGUAAGUUCUUCAGUGGUGGAGAAAAUGAAAUCUGAGAUUCAAGAAUUCUUCAAUCUGCCAUUAGAAGAGAAGGCGAAGUUUGAACAAUUGGCAGGGGAUACAGAUGGAUUUGGGCAACUGUUCGUUGUCUCUGAUGAACAAAAGCUUGACUGGGCAGACAUGUUUUGCUUAAAGACCUCGCCUACACAUUUAAGGAGGCCUAUAUUUUCCAAACUUUCCCUUCCAUUUAGAGAGACAAUUGAAGCGUACUCAGAAGAAGUAAAGGAGCUAGCAAUGAAAGUUCUGGACCUGUUGGGUAAAGCUCUGGGGAUUGAAGCAGAAGAAGUGAACAACCUUUUUGGAAAAGGGAUGCAAUCAGUGAGGAUGAAUUACUAUCCACCCUGUCCACAACCAGAACUUGUGAUGGGACUUUGCCCUCACUCUGAUGCAUGUGCCUUAGCAAUCCUUCUUCAAGUCAAUGAAACUGAUGGUCUUCAAAUUAGGAAAGAUGGAAUUUGGAUUCCCGUUUUACCCCUCCCCAAUGCCUUCAUAGUCAAUGUUGGAGACUCUUUGGAGAUUUUUUCAAAUGGAAUUUACAGAAGCAUAGAGCAUAGAUCAGUGGUGAGCGCAGUGAAAGAAAGAAUCUCCAUAGCAACAUUUCAUAGUCCAAAAUUGGAUGGUGAAUUAGGUCCAGCUAAAAGCCUUAUUACUGCUGAUAGUCCACCGAUAUUUAAAACUAUAAAUGUACAUGAAUAUUUUAGAGGAUUCUUCACCCGUAAACUUGACGGGAAAUCAUAUGUGGACACCGUGAGAAUCACUUGUGAAAAUGACCUAUAAAACCUUUUAUAUGAAAGAUAAAAUAAAACAAAUCACUGCUUAUGUAUUGGAAUCAUGCUAUGCUUUGAUAUAUAGUUACAACUUUUAUGGA